AUGGUUACCACGACGCCGGCCCGUCUAGCGGCCGAACUAAUCUUCGAAAAAUACCAGUCCGUGAAGCCCUUUGAUCGACUCCCGGAUAACCUGUUCCCGAAGACGCUGGAAGAAGCCUACGGGAUUCAGAGAGAACUGCACUGCAUGUUGUCGAGCAUCUGGGGGCCGUUGGCCGGGUACAAGCUGGCUUAUACCACGCCGGUGAUGCAGGAACGGGCCGGUCUGGAUCAUCCGGUAUUGGGCGCGUUGUUCAAAAAGGUGAUUUCGCGCUCGCCGGUGGUAUUGAACUACACCGAGUACGUGAACCUGGGCAUUGAGCUGGAGGUUGGAGUUACGCUGGGUCGCGACCUGCCGGUGUCGGGAGCGCCCUACACCCGGGAAAAGGUGGCCGAAGCGGUGGCGGAGGUGGCAACGGCGUUUGAAAUCGUGGACAUGCGGACACCGCCCGACCUGACCACCGAAGAACGAACGUUGUUCAGCGUGGCCGUCAACAUUCUGAAUUCGGGCAUCGUUCUGGGCGAUCCGAUUACCGACUGGCAAAGCAAAGACCUGGUGAACUGCAAAGGCGUGAUGACAAUCAACCACGAGCACGUGGGCGAGGGGUAUGGCCGUGAUGUGAUGGGUCAUCCCUUCGAGCCGCUGGUGUGGCUUGCCAACGAACUGGCGAAGCACAACCACCCACUGAAGGCAGGGGACGUGGUUAUUACGGGAAGCCUGGUGCCUCCGACUCCGCUGGAAUUUGCAUCGGAAGGCCGGAUUUCCAUUGAAGGAUUGGGCGAGGCCGUGGUGGUGGUGGCCUGA